AUGGAUAGACCAAGUACGAGUCAGCACUCUGUGGAUAAGGUAGAAGUGUUCGAGGUUCGAGAACAUGUGCCUUACCAAGCAGAGUUGACAAGAGCUCCCACGGCAUAUGAUGAAGAGAGUGGGAAUAUGUACAACUCAUCGUGGGAGUCUGCUUGGCGCGCGAUCUGUCAACUGUUCAACCUAUUCCACCACAUGCAAGUCGCAAUUAUCGUGUACUGUGUGUGGCACUUCGCAUUAACUUCAGCUCCUGAUGGAAGUAUCAGCAAUUUACAACUGCAUAUCAUUUUUGCUGGAACUGGCUACCAACUAUUUCUCGUCGAAGCAAUCUUGACUCUCCACAGGCAUAACUCAUGGUCAUCCCAAAUGUCUAAAGACUCCAAACGGGUAGUUCACGGGUGCUUGCAGCUAAUUGGCUCAAUGUUUGUCAUUGGAGGCACCUUCCUUGGACUGUCUCAUGUUAAUAUGGCAAUUACGACUCCUCACGGCAUAUGUGGUGUGAUCGCGCUAGUUUUUGCUAUGGUCAGUUUUAUCACAGGCAUCAUCGCAUUAUUUUCUUCGAAAGUACGCUUAUUGGUCAAAAGUGGUCCCGUCAAAAUUCUACAUAUGGCACUCGGCAUUUUUGCUGUAUCCAUGGGUCUAGUAACCAUAGCAAUAGGAUUCACUAUGGACUACUUUGCGGCUCCACAAGGUGGAUUAGCGACUGCUUUGAUUGUAUUUGUGAGCAUGACGCUAUUAUAUGUCAUAGUACAACCUAUUUACGACUUAAUUUCGACUACGCGGAACUCACUGUGA